CGCUCUAAAGGCUGACAUUACAACAUGCUACUCCUACUGUAGUUCUAUUUAAGUGGGGGGACCAAGACUGCACUUGGCUGCUCACGUAGUACAAGUUGGUCAGGUUUCAAAGUUUCAGCUUUCCCGAAUGUUCAAGUUCGUGUUGAUUUUGUCGCUGUGUUACAUUGUCGUGGAAUGUAACACCAUCAAAAGAAGAGGCGGCUGUAACAAGAUUUUUACUUGCAUCAGCCCGCUGAACAAUUUAGGCCCAGAAGACAUUAAAGAUUUCAGCAAUGCUGCAUUCUAUGAUCAGUUCUGUCAGAAAAGCCAGACGUUCAGUAGCUGCUUCAGGGACGCCAGAGUAGAGUGCGACCAUCAAGGGGUACUCAACGACUACGAGAGCCUGGUCGGUGUGGCUGAUUUUCUCUGCACUGAUGAAAGCAGAGAUGACGUUUCCUUCCUGAUCAACUUGGAAUGUGCCAGUAGUGAGCUAAAAAUAGUUGAGUUAGUGCAGAGUUUUGAAGGCUGCCGCUUGAUAUUUGACAAUGACAUGAAUCUCGAUUUUUGCCCUUUGAUGCAUCAGUUUUCCGGUUGUCUGGUCAACAUAGCCACAGAAAAAUGCGGUAGUCGGGCCGGCGGUUUCGUUAGCCGCCUGUUUAAUGUGGCGGCUGCAGCAGAGCUUGGCGAGUUGGGUUGUGGCGCCCAGGCGAGGAAUGCGCGUCGCAACAUUGAUACCAUCUUUCCAUUACUGGCUAAGGCAGCCAAACUUAGACGUUGAACAUCUGAUCUGGCACUGUUCUAAAGUUUCUAUUUUACAUGCAUGAAUUUUUUUCUAAACUUCACUUUUUAAAAAUAACAUGUUCUGGUCAUUUCAUUAAAAUUUCUAC